AUGGGGGAGGGCGACCCUAAGCCGGAAUAUUGUGCUAGGGACAUGAAAAGAAUAUUCAAGUGCAACCGGCGGACUAUCGCCUCUCGAUGGAAUGGGCAGGAAGCGGCUUACAGAAGCAAUUCUCCCUGCCCGAUGCCCUGGGACGUUUGCGAUUUUGGUUACAUUCAGCCAUUCGCGCGCCCGGAGAGUCUCACUCGCAACUGGGACUUUGAGGUUGUUGCCGGCCGCCUACGGCUCCGGCACAGGGGGCUCGCAGUGUGGGUUCGAUCGACAAGCGACCUCGCGGUGUCGUCGUGGUCGUCGUAUAUCAAGCACGGGUGGUUAAGUUACUUAGCCGACGCCCACGGUAUGUAUAGCGAGUUUGCCGACUUAGUUGCGGCAGGUACUGUCCACAUUUACGAAGACGAUGAUGUCGCUGCUAAAGAUGUGUCGUGUGUUUUGUUUGACGUACCUAUUCCCGCUGUUGGGAGGGAUACACUAGUCCGAUUAUAG